UGGUAGCUACCCCUAUAAAUGAGGAUCAUGAUUCAUGAAUAUCAAGACAAAAUUAGGAAGAGGUCAACUUGGGAGGUGGAUGAAGGUGAGGGUUUGACUUCUUACAUGUUUUUCAAGUACUAACCCCUUCACAUCUUGUAUAUGAAAAUCAAAUCUUUCUCUUUAUAGAUGUUUCCCUCUUUCCUCUCUUUUUCUCUCUAUCUUACCUUACCUACCACCUCCAUCCUGCCCUCUUUCCCAAAUCUAAUCUCCUACAAUAAUUCCCAGAAUCUCUCUUCCAGUAUAUCCACAUUUUCACAAUUCUAACUUUUCUUCUACAACACAACCCAUUUUUUAUUUUCUGUUCAUUGGUAUAAACAAUUGAAGUUUAUUAUACCUUUUUUUUUCUCGGGUUGGAGAAUUGGGCUGUAUUGAGAUCCACAACUCCUUUUUUCUAUACAAAGUUUUGAUCUUUAUUCCCAGAUUUCAUUCAUUUCUUGAGAGAUAUGAUAGGGUUUUGAUGGAAUUGUAUAAAUAAACACUUUUUGCUGGAAAUUAUACUUUUUCUUGAUUUGGGUUUUUAAAGAUUAUGAAUUUUCUAUUAAGGGCAGAAAUUUGUUUUUCAUCUUGUUAAUUUUCUGGAUAAAAAGAGGUGCAUUUUUUUUUUAUCAUAAAUGGGGAAUUGUUGUGUAACACCAAAUAGUGGUGAAGGUGUUGGGAAGAAAAAAAGGAAGAAUAAAAAAGAAAAUAGAUUUGCUAGUGAUUAUAAAAAUAGUGGGACCAAAUUGUUAGUUUUGAGAGAGCCAACAGGACAUAAUAUUGAAGAGGCUUAUGAACUUGGUGGAGAGCUAGGAAGAGGUGAAUUUGGAGUUACAUAUUUGUGUACUGAAAAAUCAACUAGUGAAGUUUUUGCUUGUAAGAAGAUAUCUAAAAAGAAGCUUAGAACUCCCAUUGAUAUUGAGGAUGUUAGGAGGGAAGUUGAGAUCAUGAGGCAUAUGCCUAAACACCCAAAUAUUGUGAGUCUUAAGGAUACUUAUGAGGAUGAUUAUGCUGUUCAUUUGGUUAUGGAGUUGUGUGAGGGAGGUGAAUUGUUUGAUAGGAUUGUUUCUAGAGGGCAUUACACUGAAAGAGCAGCUGCUGUUGUUUUGCGCACUAUUGUUGAAGUUGUUCAGGUAUGCCACAAGGAUGGAGUGAUUCAUCGAGACCUAAAACCCGAGAACUUUCUUUUUGCAAACAAGAAGGAAACAGCUGCACUGAAAGCCAUUGAUUUCGGGCUUUCAGUGUUUUUCACUCCGGGCGAAAGAUUUGACGAAAUUGUGGGGAGCCCUUACUAUAUGGCUCCUGAAGUACUUAAAAGAAAUUAUGGUCCUGAAGUAGAUAUCUGGAGUGCUGGAGUUAUCCUCUACAUUUUGCUGUGUGGUGUUCCACCCUUUUGGGCAGAAACCGAGCAAGGAGUAGCACAAGCAAUUAUUAGGUCCGUCAUAGAUUUCAAAAGGGAUCCUUGGCCUAGAGUUUCCGAUAAUGCAAAAGAUCUUGUACGAAAGAUGCUUGACCCUGAUCCUGCACGCAGACUUACCGCUCAGCAGGUGUUAGAUCAUCCUUGGUUACAAAACAUUAAUAAGGCUCCUAAUGUUUCUUUAGGCGAAACUGUGAAAGCUAGACUUAAACAGUUCUCCGUAAUGAACAAGCUCAAGAAAAGAACUCUAAGGGUUAUUGCCGAGCAUUUAUCAGUCGAAGAAGUUGCUGGAAUGAAGGAAGGAUUUGCGUUGAUGGACACUGGGAAAAGGGGAAAAAUUGGCAUUGAUGAAUUGAAAGUCGGGUUACGUCAACUUGGUCAUCAGAUUUCAGAUACCGAUCUCCACAUUCUAAUGGAUGCUGGUGACGUAGAUAAGGAUGGACACUUGAAUUACGGAGAGUUUGUAGCAAUAGCCGUUCAUCUGAGGAAAAUGGGCAACGAUGAGCACUUGCAAAAAGCGUUCUUAUUUUUCGAUCGAAAUAAAAGCGGAUAUAUCGAAAUAGAAGAAUUGAGGGAUGCUUUAUCUGAUGACGAACUUGACAACAACAGCGAGGAGGUUAUAACCGCCAUAAUGAGAGACGUUGAUACUGAUAAGGAUGGGCGAAUAAGUUACCAGGAAUUUGCCACAAUGAUGAAAGCCGGAACAGAUUGGAGAAAAGCUUCAAGGCAGUAUUCACGAGAACGAUUUAAUAGUCUGAGCUUGAAGUUGAUGAAGGAUGGUUCAUUGCAAAAGGACAAGUGAGGGAAGAUAACUGUCGGUGUGAUCGACAGAUAUGAUUUUUAUUGAAUUUCUUCCGUUCUUAUUGACGUUGUCUUGCAUUCAUGAACGAAUAGGGCUCCUUUGUUUACUGGAACAUACUUCGUCAGUCCCUUUGAAUUUGCUACACAACAUGCCAAAAGCUCUCACUUUGAUAAGCCCAGAUUAAGUCGAGGGCAUUGAUGCCUUUGAAAAGGUACAUAAAUCGGAAGAAGUGACGCUUGCUCGGUUUUUCGGUGUAAAUGUGUAAUGUCUCAAAUAUAGCAAGAUCAUAUUCCUGGUUUUCAUAGGUAAAAAAGAAAAAUUUAUAUUCCAUACAUGUGUCCAUGUUCUUGGUACAGAAAUGCAGGAUUUUUCAUAUCUUUAAUGGAUUUGAUGAUGCAAGAAACAAGAAUUAUUCAGCAGCUUUAUACCUGAUAUUGUGUACUUUGUAAAUUGUGUAUUAUUUUGACCAAGAAAUGUUGAAUCUUCAAUAGAAUCAUGUUGGCAUGGCAUGAAGAGAAUUGAUUCAUUUCUUUUUUAUUUAGUUUUAUACAUCGGAAAUUGCUGAAAGUGUCGGCGGUUCUAAUUUGCUU